AUGUCGAGAUAUCAAACAAUCACAUCCGGUCUACGCCAGACGCCUUCCGCAUCUCAUUAUGCACGAACCCUACUAUCGAGCUCUGCUAUAACCUCACGACAACUAGGACGAGCACUCUACUCCACCCAGGGAUAUGGAGACGGAAAGGGUGGCCCAGCCGGUGAAGAUCCAGUAAACCAAGGCGUGAGCCAUCGCACUCGCGAGUUGGAGCAUCCGGGACCUGAACAAUCCAAGAAGAAGUCAUCGACGGGCAGCAACCAGCGAGGAAGGCCCUCCGACACUUCGAAGAAGGGCUCGCAAAAUAUUCCACCUCGGUCCGCGAAGGAAGAACUUGAGAAUGAGAUGACCAGAGGAAGGGGGCAAUGA